UUUCCCAGCCCGGAUCCCCUGGCUGUCGUUCCAGGGCAGACAGGGAAGCUGAUGUACGUGAUGCACAACUCCGAGUACCCCCUGAGCUGCUUCGCCCUCUUCGAGAACGGGCCCUGCCUCGUGGCCGACGCCAACUUCGACACCCUCAUGGUGAAGCUCAAGGGCUUCUUCCAGAACGCCAAGGCCAACAAGAUCGAGAGCCGCGGCACCCGCUACCAGUACUGCGACUUCCUGGUGAAACUGGGCACCGUCACCAUGGGGCCCAGCGCCAGGGGCAUAUCCGUGGAGGUGGAAUACUGCCCCUGUGUGAUCGCCAACGACUGCUGGAACCUGCUCAUGGAGUUCAUGCAGAGCUUCAUGGGCAGCCACACGCCCGGGAUCCCGUCGGUGUUCGGGGCCAAGCACGACAGCGUGUACAGCCCCGGGGACACCAUGGUGCAGUACAUGGAGCUCUUCAACAAGAUCCGCAAGCAGCAGCAGGUGCCCGUGGCUGGGAUCAGGUGAUCAUUCCCUGGAGCUCCUCCUGGGAGUACAUCCUCCUUGCUGCCUGCCCAGCAGGAUCGGGAGUCCCUCUGAAAUGCAGCAUGGGACGGUUUUUUUCCUUCUGCAUCUCCUUCCCCUGGUUCAAAGCAGAGUUUUCCAGUGCUGUGUGUGUUUCUGUUUGUUCUCUGUGGUUUGGAGUGUGUCUGGGAUUGGAUCCAUGGUUCUGCGGAUUGGAUCCGUGGUUCUGUGGUUCUUUGGGCAGUGCUUCGUGCAGGGAAUCAGUGUCCAUCAGCAGGAAACUGCAGGAAAAGGAGAAAUUCCAGCCAAACACAAGGGCAGAGUUUCUGUGACUGCAAACAGAGCUUUUAAUUUUUUACUUUUUUUUUAAAUAUCCACAUAAAGGUGUCUUCUUGUAUUUCACCCCAAUAAACCUGUAUUUUUGGAG